AUGAAGAGUGGGGAAAUGGUGACCUACGUCUUCAAGGUUUUCCUGUUUUCUUUCCUGACUUCGGCUUCUCCUGCAAUAAAUAUAACUCACGAAUGCUGGGAAGACGUCACUGAAUUCCUGUCUGACUUGAAUGCAGAAAAACCCAAAAAGUAUGCAAUAAAGAUGUAUGAUUCAGUUGGGAAAUACAGCAGCAAUAUCCUGAAUGGAAAUGUGGACAGAUUGGGGUCUUACACUGAAUGUAUUUCUGCAGAGGCUCCUUCUGGAAGAUUCCGUGGACAAUAUUGCAAACUUCAAUUGCAACAAGACAGGAUUGAUUACUCCAAUGGAAUAUGUGUCCCUGAUUCCUGCCAUGAAGAAGAAAUUACAGCAUUAGCCACAUUAGAUAUAUUUAAAUUAAAGUCCACCUCUUUCCUGUUGCCUUUCCCAUCACUCUUUGCUCUGAACUCAACCAUUUCUAUUAGCACAGUGGCCAGAUGUGCGAAAGACUUUUCUACUGUUGAUGUGUUCAUAGGAGUUUGCUUGUUUAUUAGCGUUUUCUUCAUCAUUCUGCCAGCUGCUGGAACUAUUUACAGUGCUGUUCUCUGGAGGAAAGCUAAGAGCAACCAACUGCCUUCAGAUGCAAAUUAUGGCAGCACAUCUUCAAUGCAAAAAAAUACCAGUAAAUCAAAAACAGAGAGAACACAGACCCAUGAAUCCAUAUCAGGGCUAUUGCCACUGGUGGAUGGUUCAAAGCAAACUGUUUGGCUGACCCAACCUUCUCAGGAGGUCUCCCCGGCUCUAAACGGUCUCAGGGCAGUAAGUCUUCUAUGGAUCAUUUCUGGACAUACAAGCCAAAUGACAGCAUGGCAGAACUUAGAUAACGUGCUGGAAUGGGAAGCUAAAGUAUUAAAAAAUCCUAUCUACAUAUUUUCUCGAAGUGGGCCAUUUUAUUUAGGCGUUGACACAUUUUUCAUCAUUAGUGGCUUAUUAAGCUCCUGGUCAUUCCUGAAGAUGUUGAAUUGCUCAGAAAAAGACAUUAACUUUUGCAUUGCCUUGAAGUACUUAUGGAAUCGAUUUCUCCGACUUCAGCCACUCCAUAUGUAUUCUGUGUGUCUUUUGGUUGGGUUGUAUUCUGUCACUCCUUGGGGAGCACUGUGGGAAUUCUUGAAACUUGAGGUGGAUAACUGUAGAAGAGUGUGGUGGACCAACCUAUUCCUGAUAAACAACUUCAUUGCUGGGCCUGAGUCAUGUAAUGGAUGGACAUGGUAUCUUGCAAAUGAUUUCCAGUUUUAUUUCAUAACACCCCCACUAGUCUUUCUUUCCACCAAAAGUAAAUACUGGCUUGUCAUCUUGGGGAUCUUUCUGUUCCUGGCAAUGUUUACAGUUACAGCCUUGCUUUCACUGUUCUACAGACUUCCUGUGGCAAACCCACAAGAUAUGAGGCAAACGUCCACUGAGAUGUAUUUUCUGGAGUAUUACUCAAAACCUUACUGCCGAUAUGGUCCAUUUCUCAUUGGUGUCUUUCUUGGACUGUUCAUGUAUCACCACCAAGCAUCAGUCCUAAGAACCAAGGUUCAGGCCUCUGUUGGGUGGCUUUGUGCAAUGUUCUCCAUGUUGAUGGUGGUUGCUUUGGCCUACACCUUAGAAGACUCCCUCAGCUUCUACUCACCUUUAGUUGCCAUUUACCAAGCUGUUCAUCGGACACUUUGGGCAACUGCUGUGGGAUGGAUAAUUUUUGCAUGUGAAGAAGGCUAUGGAGGAUUCAUCAACACAAUGCUUUCAUGGGGCGUUUGGACUGUGGUCGCAAGAAUUAGCUAUGCUUGCUAUCUGGUGCAUCCAAUGAUGAUACUGCUAUAUAAUGGACUUCAGGAAACUUUGAUACAUUACUCAGACAUCAAUAUGUUCUACUUGUUCCUUGGACACUGCCUGAUGACAUUUGUGUUAGGACUGGCAUUAACAGUGAUGGUUGAGAUUCCUCUUCAGAAGUUAAAGAAGCCUUUGGGUUCCAUGCACCGACACGGAUCAAGGCUUUAGAAAAGGAAGCAGGAAAGAUAUGAUAUCUUGCAGACCUCCUCUGGCAAUUCUGAACCUAACCAAUUUUUUUUUUUUUUUUUGGUGCCUUCCCUAAAUUGAACCCUCCAAAUGUUGUGUUUCAACACUCGGGAUUCCCCUAUCCACACGGGUAAAGGCU